UACCAGAGAGUGUAUAUAUACAGAUUUUAUAUAAACACACACAACGCACCUCCUCCAUCUGUCUCUCACAUUCUGUUUCAUUCCCGAUCUGAAUCCAUUCUAUCGCUUCCUCUUGCAAACCUGGGGUCGGGUUAGCAACAAAAGAUAUAAUUUUACGAAAUGGGUCGUGGGGUUAGUGCCGGCGGAGGCAAGAGUUCCUUAAACUACCUGUUUGGAAGUGGUGAAAAUUCAAACAGCCCUCCACCAACUCAGAACCAGGGAUCAGACUCAAAGAAUGUUGCUCCACCAAAGCCUGAAGAACCCACAAAGCCUGUUGAAGCUGAGCCCAAGCCUGUUGAAACCAAGCAGAGCCCAGCAAAUGUUCAUGAUAGUAAGACUAACAAUUACCUCAGGUCUGAAGGACAAAACUGUGGCAACUUUAUCACGGAUCGCCCUUCAACUAAAGUGCAUGCUGCCCCUGGUGGCGGUUCGUCCCUUGGGUAUCUCUUUGGUGGUGAUGGAAAGUGAUCUCCUUUGAGCCUACAAUCUGUGGCUGCUCUAGCACUUAUUUCUAGCUUGGACAAGUAUGCAAUUUCUAGACGUAUUUUAUCACAAUGUACAAUUAUGCAGUGAAUAUACUUGAUUUGCAGUCAACUUUAUUAAUGUGCUGCUUGGGUUUUUAGUUUA